AUGGCUCUCACAGGAGAAAGAGAUGAACCUUUUCUGUUCCCAUCAAUGGAUUAUCAAGGUGACCCUCCCAAAUUCUUCUCUUCAGACCUUCUUUCAUCGCCUUUACCCACACAUUCUUUCUUCCAGAACUUUGUUGAAGAAGAUGGCCACAACUCAGUGUACAUUCACCCUUACCUCAUCAAAUCAUCAGCUUCCUCUGUUUCUCUCUGCUAUCCAUCUCGCCGUGUUCAUUCUGGUUCCAUAUACCAGCCUGUUAGGGGAUGCCCCUAUGUUACUUUCUCUGUCUCUGAUCAAACACCAUUAUUUUCGAUAACCACUGUUCACAAAUUCUCUUUCUUUACUUCAAAUUCUUCACUCACCAAGUAUGCCCUCAAGCUUGACAAUGGCCAAGCAUCGCUUUUGUAUGCUUCUUUACCAAUCAAGGUUAGUAACAGCUAUGAGACUAUGAUCUCUUUCUCAAAGAAAUAUACUUCUCAUGAUCAUGGGGUUUCUCUGGUAGUGAGGAUAGCAUUGUUGCCAAAUUCAAGUUCAGAACUUGAGGAUGUUCUUGACAGGUACAGCACUUGUUAUCCUGUAUCUGGUGAUGCUUUGUUUACUAAGCCAUAUUGUGUUGAAUAUAAGUGGGAAAAGAGAGGGUUUGAUAAUGGUGAUUUGUUAAUGUUAGCACACCCUCUUCAUCUUCAACUUUUAUCCAAGGAUGAGGGAAAUGUUACUAUUCUAGAAAAUUUUAGGUAUAGGAGCAUUGAUGGGGACCUUGUUGGUAUUGUCGGAGAUUCAUGGUUGCUGAAAGCAGAUCAUGUUCCUGUGACUUGGUAUUCUACUAGAGGUGUCAAAGAAGAAUCUUUUGAUGAAAUCAAAUCAGCUCUUUCCAAAGAUGUAGCUGGUCUUUGUUCUUCUGAGAUAACAACAACUUCAGCUUACUAUUAUGGGAAAUUUAUUGCAAGGGAAGCAAGGUUGGCUUUGAUAGCGGAGGAGAUUGGUUUUCUUGAAGUGGUCCCAUCCGUGAAGAAGUUCUUGCAUGAAACCAUUCAGCCAUGGUUGGAUGGCACUUUUGAUGGCAAUGGAUUUCUAUAUGAUGCAAAAUGGGGAAGGAUUAGUAUUGAAGCAUACAGUGCUGGGUACUUCCUUUAUGGAAUUGCAGUGCUUGCAAAGAUUGAUCCAGCUUGGGGAAUGAAAUAUAAGCCUAAAAGCCUACUCACUUAUGGCAAAUUUUAUGAAAUUGGCAAGAGGAUCAAACUCCAAAUACACACGUCUUAG